AUGAAACACCAAGGGGGAGGCUUCAAUCGAGAUGAAAAAGGCCAAACGAGCGCUGCGGUGGAAGUCGUCACUGCAUGGGAGAGGACGGAAGAAGGGAUCGAGCAAGCAUCCUCCAGGCGAGAACCGCAACAGGCUAGAAGGGCAUCUCAAGAGGACGACUCGGGUGGGGAACCCCCCUAUUCAGUGAUUAAUCAACUGGCUUAUCCACACGGAGGGCGAAUGAAAAGAUUGUUGACCCCUCCGGAUAAGGCAAGGGCAGACAUCAGCCCCAGGGUGAAUGAUUCACCAUUUGGUGUCACGGACAGAGGACAACAUGUCGCAAGUGAGGCAGAGGAACUAGUUUAUGCGGCCCCUCACUUUCGCCGCAGCUACGAAAGUGAAGAUGCCCCAUGGAAGUCAACCCAGGAGAGUUUAGAUGAUGUGGAGAGGCGGCACCAUGAAGGGGGUGCACCAUCGAGCGAGGAUAAUCGCGAAGCGGGAGAAAUGUCCCUACGUGGUGAGGAGGCCCGCCAAAGUAAUGAUGAAUCCCUGCGUGGUGAGGAGGCUCGCCAAAGUAAUGAUGCAUCCCUGUUUGAUGACGACAGCAUAGGCGAGGAGUUCGGCCCAAGUAAUGAUUCAUUCCUCCGUGGUGAGGUGUCCCCAAGGAAUGAGGCUUCCCUACGUGGUGAGGACAGCGCAGGCGAGGAGGAUCCUCUGGGAGAGAGCCUCGACGAAAAAGAGAAAAAAAUGGUUUAUAGGAAGGCCGACGAGAUAAUAAACGGGGACGGCGGGGGGGGAGAGGACUGGCUGUUAAGCGAGGAGGAGCACUCAAGUGGGGAGAUAGAAAGCGACGAACAGCCAAAUGGGGAGGCGGAGGGGGCUGAGAAGCCAAGUGAGCAACCGAAGCAGCCACGUGCGGUGAGGAGGCGCAGCCUGCCGGAUCGCCGCGCGCUAAACCUGACCGCAGGGGAACUGCACGCGUUUCUGAAGCGGGACAAGUACCGCCUGACGAAGAUGAGGACGCGCAUGAGGAAUGUGGUAUAUAGGUACCUCUACCAGAGCGCAAGGGCGGGAAGUCAGCCAACUGAGAAGCAAACCAUGAGUGGUGAAGCAUCCAGCAUGCCAAACACACACACGGCCAAGGCAAAGACAGACGUGGCCUCCUCACAGGACGUCGCAAACCUUCUCUACACCGAGUGCACCAUACGCAAGACAAGAGUGGCGAAGCUGAGGGACGUCGCUAAACUUGUCUGUGACAGGAGAAACGACAGAUGCAUGCAGAUUUUGUGCUACAAAAAUGUGUACGUGUUUGACGGGUGGGGUUGCAGACCCGAGAAUUGUUCGGCUGGUGGCGCGGAGGGGGGAGGUACCCGACACAGAGAAGUCACCCCCCAGAGAGGAGGAGCCCCUCAUCGGAGUCCUCCUCCCACUUGCCGCUUCACCUGCAACAACCACUUCGUAUGUCUUCAAAGAGAAGAGGACGAGGUGCACGUGUUCAGUCACAAGGUGCUAAGUCUAAAUGGGGUCAUUUUUUUUAAAGACAAAGAGAGCAAGACGACGAACGAGGAGCAAUUGAGGAGAUUCCUGGAUGACUUAACAUGCCCUGGGUUCGAAACGAACUGUAAAAGGAUUAAGCUCGACUGGCGAGCACACCCCUUUCACAUCAUUAGGGACCCCUCGUGGAGAAAAAUCAAGAGCAUCCACCUUAACGUGUCGAAUCAUCUGUGUGUAUGUACAGAGACAGGCACAUUUGUGUACCAACUAGGUUUUAUGAAUGGAACGAUUCAGAUGAAUUUUAGCGGGAGCUAUCCUCAUCAGAGUGAAUCCCUUCUAAAGGAGAAUGACCUGUUAGAAGCCUACCUACAUAGCGACAAGAGGAUGAUCCAUGUCAGUCAUCGCAAUCUUUUUUUGCUUCAUCGGAACGGCAAGUUUUUUAAGGGUGAUCUCUUCACUGUCGUUAAGGACAUCCAAUUUAGGCAGCGCAUUUUAAAUGUCUCCUUUUGUGGUGACUGGAUUAUACUCUCUUUUAAGAACAGAGUGUCGGUUCACCAUAAGGUCAGUGGGAAAGUCCACUUCGUUCUUCAGAUUGACUCACAGGGGGAUGUCCUCGGUGCGGAGGUGACCCAGAAAGACGCCCAAGUGAUGGAUUCCCCACAUGGUAGCGAGCCAGCCAGGUUUGGCAUCUCCUCACCGACGCAUCACAUCCCAUUCUUGUGCCCCCUACAAGGGGAUAACCUCUUCUGUCUGGCCUACGGAAGGAAGAUAGCAAUAUUGGAGCAUUCCACUCAUAUUGUUAUUCGGAAGAGAUUUAUGAUGAGUCACACCGUGCAGCUUAUUAGAUGCGUCCGAAACGACAUUCUGGUCACUUACGGGGAGAAGGAGCUGCACGUAUUCCAGGUGCUCUCCGUGAAGAAUGAAUUUACUCUCCUGUUUUUUUUUAAGAAACCAGUGAGGGACGCCAAGUGCUGGAAGAUACAUGACGAAGGAAAGACGUUUGAAGUUUAUCGUGAUGCCAUAAAGGUGAAGGUUAAGUUGGUCAAAAUCAACAGGGAUGACGAAGUGGCGAGGCGGAUCUUUUAUGCGCUCAAUGGGGGGGCAGAAGGGGGUACAACAAGAGAGGAAGCAGGGAAUGGGGGUGCAACAAGAGAGGAAGCAUGGAAUGGGGGUGCCACAAAAGAGAGUGCCCAUCAUGGUGGUACUCAGCUCGGUGAUCCUUCCAUCCACGCCGCCCCUUCUGGACGAGUCACACAUUUCUACGUUAACCUCCUCUACAUUUACGUUUUGGACGGAGAUCGACUUGACCUUGUGGUGGUGAAUUCGCUGGUUUAUUUGAUUUACCUGCUUUUCAGCCAUCACAGGUAUGGCCUGCUGCUGGCCCUGAUGCUGCACUUGUACAGGGGAAACUGCUGCGCGCUGACGGACUUCCCUGUGGAUGAGGACGAAAGAAGGGACAAGCUGAAGCCGCUGUUCCACUUCCUCUUCGAAAGAAGAAUGAACGAUAUAAUAAGAAACGGAAACAAGUUUGGGAGGGAUCCACGCAACAGCAUUUACCAUGUGGAGGUCCAAAAUAGGGAGUGCGAUCAGGAUGGAGAAGUGAAAACAAAAAACGUUUCCAAUCGGUGCAUCCACACAUCGAACAGUGUCUCAGGGAGUGUCGAGAUAAUGGGAGCAUCUUCUGAGUCCACCGCUUCUCCGUCGAUGGACCGGUCGAUGUCUGAAUCUGUCACUGUUGCGUUAAAUGAUAAAGUGCCCAUCGGUCAGGAAGAAGACGUCCCGGAGUGGUUACUCCCCUCCCGUGGAGGAGCCAACCCUGAGGAAGAACUGCACUCUGAAAGGGGACAGGUCCUUAUCGAUGGGAGAGUGAUCUCACCUAAUUGCAUCGGGGAGCUCCAGAAAUUGUGUCUCCUCGGCAUAGAGAUCAGUAUCCAUUUCAAUAUGAACCUUUACGAGCACAUGUUUCAGCUGCUUAGGCGGUUCGGUGCAGAGAUUAUCUAUUUCCAUCUCAUCGAGGAAUACAUCGUGAGGAAGAGGAUUGGAAUGACUCACCAUUCUGUUGUGUCUAGUCUGACGGAACACUUCAAGCGGCUGUACAGGAUCUUCUCCGAGUACGACGACUCAUGUUACGAUGUAUUUCUGUUCUUUUGCAGCCUCGUUGGGGUGGGAGGCGGUGGCCUGAGUGGGGAGCCACCGAAUGGGAAGUAUCUAAAUGAGAAGCGUCUGAGUGAGGUUGUAUUCUCGCCUUUGGGAAUGGGCGGCCAUAGUAGCGAUGGAAGUAUUAGCGGGCGUGGCGAUGAAAGUAUUAGCGGCCAGGAGGAUGAACGUGUUGUCGGGCAGGACUAUGUAUGUAUUGGCCGGCGUGCCGAUGAACGUGAUGGAGAGCUCCCCGAGCAACACUUGCCUGAGCAACACUUCCCCGACCAAUGCUGCCCCGACUUGGACACGCACCUGUACCGCCACCACCUAGGCGCGAAGGACAUUUGGAGGAAAAUCCCAAGGGUCUAUGCCUUCGUGUGCAUAGUGGAGAUGUUCUUCCGCCUUUUUGAGAGCAUAAGCCUGGAAGGGGACAUAGAAGGGAUCAUUUCGCAUCUGCCGAUUCAUCUCAGUGCCUUCCUUUACAACAAACAUAAUGAGGACAGAAUCACCACAGCAGAGUUUUUCAUUUCUUAUCUUAUCAGAAAAAAGAAUAAUCUGUUUUACAGCUUCUGCAGAUGUAGCGGCUUGAGGACAGACGAGCUUCCGAUUUACCUGCCCAUGUACAUGUACCGAAAUUUCUACCAUUCGUAUUUUAUCUUCGACUACGUCUUCUCCAUCAUGUUUAAACUACCCUUCAGCAUCAGCUUGAACCGAUUUGCAGUUCCUUUGGAGGAGGGCAUCACUCUGAGGAGUUGCCAUUCAGACGUGCACACGAGUUACCAGUUCGACGACACGCUGAAUUACAGAGAUGUCUUUUUUAUCUUUUCUCCUUUUCGCGUGGUGAGAGAGAACCACUGCACGUUGAACCGGAACAUUCUGUCGCUCUGGCGGUACCUCCUAGAUGGAGCCGACUGUCGGGUUAGCGGGGUUAGCGGCGUUAGCAGUGUUAUCGGCGGUAGCCCUGUUGGCCGCCUCACUGGUGAUAGGGGAAGCCCUCUGGAAUUUCUCUCCUCCCCGGGGGGAAGCGCAGACGAAGAAGCCACCUGCCGGCCAGGAAGAAACGACCAACAGAGGGUACAUAGCAUACAGAUGAACGAUUAUUUUAACCUCGACAAAAACGGCAUCUUCCUCCUCCUGCAGCUAUCAUUAAAGGACACCUUUUAUCUCUUAAAUCGUACCUUCUUCCAAUAUGACUUCAUCGAUCACUACGAUGUGGUUAAUCUGUUGAUUCGUAAUUUGUGCUAUUUUUACCUGCACAUGGUCAUAACUUUUCUCUUUUACGUCAUGUACUUGAGAAAGGUCUUGAUGAAUAACUUAUCAGAGGAGACGUGCGUCCAGAUUUAUAGACAAGUCCUUAUCGCUGUUAACAGAUGGAAAGACUACGAUGAAGUUAGUGACCUUUGUUUCAGGCUGGCCCAUGUGAUCGAAAUGGAGAGACACACCCAUGUACAGAAAAAUCUCUCAAGCAUAGUCAGGUGGAUUACGUUGCAGCUUUUUUAUAUAAACAGACAUAGGAAGGAAAUGGCUUCCUCAAUAACGUAUUUGUUGAUUCUCUUUUUCAUCCUUCAGAGUGGAUGUGGUGAUUACUCCUUCGAUUAUCUCUUGGGGGUCCAUUUUGUAAACUUCCUAUUGCGACUAUCCUGUGGGGGGGGGUCCCAAGAGCAUCCGAUCGGAUCAACCAAAGGAAGGCGCCGCUUCGAGAAACUCACCAAAAUGUGUUUUCACUUUGCGAAUCAGACUUAUCUGAAUAGGAGCAGGCGACACGUGAAAGAAGAACACUUCUUUCGAACCUUUCGUUUGAAGGAGAGCAACUUGCGCGUAAAGAAGAGGCAAAUCAGGAAGAACGUUGAGGGGAUAUCUUCACCGCAGGGCAAUUUGGUGAAUUACCUGUUGGGAGCGGUGUACAACGUCGACGUGGCUGCCCUGCUUCGUCAGCAUAGGGGUGAUGGGGCCAGUGGCGAGGAGCGGACGGAAAAGAAGAACCACUGGAGAGGCCACUGCACCGUGCCGAAUGAACGGGUAACGCGACUAGAGAGACGUGGUGACGGCUGCGCGUUUAAGAGGGUUCCCUCCAGGCGUGCGGGGAAAUCCGCAGCGGGAACCUCAACAGGGAGCUUCUCAUCGGGGAGCAUCUCAUCGGGGAACAUCUCAUCCGGGGGAGUACCUUCCGGGGGGGAACCAACCCCAGCUGGGAAGACAAAGAAGGAGCAAAACCAGGGCGACAUUUUCUGUGUCAAGUUCUGCAGGAGGAACUGCGGGUAUAUCCUGCUGCUGUACGUGAAGAGGCUGUUGGUGCUGCACGGGGGGGGGCGGUCCCCUGGGGAGGAAAAGCGUGAGAAGGGGAGGCCCUCAAAGAUUCGCUCAGAGGGGAGUCAUCCAAAGGUUCACUCAGAGGGGAGUCAUCCAGAGGUCCUCUCAGAGGGGAGCCCUCCAAAGGUCCUCCCAGAAGAGUGUUCUACUGAGCUCCCCUCAGUGGAGAGCCCCGCACAGCUCCGUACAGACACAGCCCCGCAUCGACGCCGCAGGAGAGAUGUGGAGAAACUUCUCCGAUAUAUCCUCUUCUUCACCCAAGUGCGAAAGUGCGAGCCGGUCUAUCUGCUCCUCCUGAAUCACUUCGGUCGUUAUGACGUUGUCCUGAAUCAUUACAGAAGCAGGAGGCAGUGGAGAAACAUGCAGGCCUAUAUUUUUGGAAACAUUUUUUUUUUUUUUAAAGAGAGGAAAGUGAAGAAGAGGCUCCGUGGAUACCUAUUCUAUGCGGACGUGUUGGAGCACAUCGAUGUGAUGGAAGACUUCUUUGUGGACUACAUUCUGGGGAACUAUGCCGCGUUUCAUAAUCGCACGGUGAGACUGCUCCGGGGGGCAGCAGCUCCGAAGGAGUCACUGGACAAUGCCUCCAACAGUGCCACCAAGAGCGGCAUGAGGAAGGGAGACCCGAAGAAGCAAUGCCGAUGGGGGAAGACACACCUGAUGAGCCUGUGUAAGGUAUUCACUACGACACUGAUUCGAUGCCGACACUUCUCCGACGUGGUGAAGCAGCGAGUGUAUUAUCUCCUUCUACACCAGGCUCGUAUGCCCAUCCCGAUUCAGAGGUACCUCCACGAAAAGAUAUUCUAUGCGUACCUAACUCUCCUCUGUAAAUACAAGAGGGAUCAUGUGUACAGGUGCGUUAAGUAUCUUCAUGUGGAGAAAUACAAGGAUCUGUUUGAGCGUCAUGGCAACAUCAAUGUGUUGCUUCAUCUCCAUGAGCGGCAGGGGAAAUUCCUAAAUAUCAUAGACCUCUGUCUUAAGAUUAUCAAGGAAAACAUUUUAAAGCUGAAAGAUAUUUUUUUUCGACGGGGAGAUUGGUAUGUGCCGGAGGACCUUACCUACGGGGAUGUCUUCUCCGUUAGAUUUUGCAAUCGAAUCGAUGUCUACGAUUUGUAUGCCAUGCCGUUGAAGCGGAGUGUCCGCAGGGUAGUCCUCCCAAGGGGGGAGCAGCAUCAGCAGGAGCAGCAUCAGCAGGAGCAGCAUCAGCAGGAGCAGCAUCAGCAGGAGCAGCAUCCGCAACUGCUACAACACCAGGAGGAUGCCUUAGGGGGGGGCGUCACCGAGAGGGACUCAUUUGUGGGGAGGCUACUCGGCCGAGCGCACAGCGCCGCGGAUAGGAGCGCGUUGGGGAGCUACUUCGUGAAGACGCCUCGAUGGGGGGGCAGGCCAAAAAGGAAACGACCGAAGAGGGCGGCCACAAUCGGGAGGGGCCCAAUCGAGGAACCGAAACGGACCGACCCAAUUGGAGACGCAAAGCGGGCACGCCUUCGCCAGGCGUGCCGCAUCUUUCUGACCCGCGAAUACAAUGUCGUUUUUCUGUACACCUAUAUGCUGGCCUUUGUCCUGCGGAGGAACAAGCUGCACUGUGAUCGGAUUAAUGAGUACGUUCUGUUUUUUAUCGUCAACGAGUGCGUGAGGGGCUUCAUCGGGGUUUGCCAGCAUGUGGGAGGCGGGGCACAGGUGCAACGAGGUGAACGAUGCCUCUUUGGAGAAAAAAAGGGGCAUUGCACAGGUUCGCGGCGGUCAAGGCAGUCAGAACGAUCGGAGCAGUUGGGACAAUCGGGACAGUCAGAACAAUCGGGACAGUCAGAACAAUCGGGACAGUCAGAACAAUCGGGACAGUCAGAACAAUCGGGACAGUCAGAACAAUCGGGACACUGGGAACCAUCGGAACAAUGCCAACCUUCAGAAAAGACCUACGAGGAGGCACCCCCCCCAGAGGAGAUUGCAUUCUUUAGAUACCUCUUCGAUCAAAUAGUCCUCUUCGCCAUCAACAUAAGCUCACAUCGACAUGUUCAGAGGAUCUGCAGACAGCUGUUGGCCAAGUAUCGAAGGUUUGAAGUGAAGCUCGUGAGACCUCCUCUCAUAGGACUCUUAAAAAACCUGACGGAGACGUACUCUCUCUUUAGUGACAACUGCCACGUGUCGGAGAAGCGGAUAAAGAGACAGAUAGAGACGUACACAUUUGAAAGGAAGAAGGGGCUCGUGGUGGAUUUUCACGUGGACCACACGCACCCCUUCAACACGAAGCUGUUCGCCAAGAGGAAGCAGGGGGGAUCGGCGGCAACCCGGCAUCGACACGCUCAGCCGAGUGAGCCCAAUCAGCCAAGUCAACCCACCCCGCAAGAACAGAAGGAACUGCCUCCGAAAAGCAAAGAUUUCGCCGCCCUUGGUGAUGCGCUGUGGCUGAGCAAGUGCGAACACGGGCACCACUUCGCCUGCUCGCAGAGGUGCCACCUGUGUGGCGCGGGCUCGAGCGCGGAGCAGUCCAGCAAGUCGGUCGCCUAG